UCUUUCAACAUUAUAUGGUCACCAACCAGUAACGUAUCAGUAUCACAACCUUACUCUCGCAAACCCUCAAAACCCUAAUUAACCCCUCCUUCUUCCCCACCGCCGCUACCAUGGCGGAGCUCAAACUCUCCGAGAGCCGGGACCUUACCCGUAUCGAACGAGUGGGCGCGCACUCCCACAUUCGCGGUCUCGGCCUCGACUCCUCCCUCGAGCCACGCGCUGUCUCCGAGGGCAUGGUUGGUCAGACCGCCGCGCGCAAGGCGGCCGGCGUCAUCCUACGCAUGAUUAAAGAUGGAAAGAUUGCCGGCCGCGCGGUUCUACUCGCCGGCCAGCCCGGCACCGGCAAGACCGCCAUCGCCAUGGGCAUGGCCAAGUCCCUCGGCCUCGAAACCCCCUUUGCCAUGAUCGCAGCCAGUGAAAUCUUCUCCCUCGAGAUGUCCAAGACUGAGGCGCUCACCCAGGCCUUCCGUAAGGCCAUCGGCGUGCGCAUCAAGGAGGAGACCGAGGUUAUCGAGGGCGAGGUCGUCGAGGUCCAUAUCGACCGCCCCGCAGCUGCCGGCGCCGCCUCCAAGACCGGGAAACUCACGCUGAAAACCACCGAAAUGGAGACCGUUUACGACCUCGGCGCGAAGAUGAUUGAGGCGCUGGGGAAGGAGAAGGUGACCAGUGGCGAUGUUAUUGCGAUUGAUAAGGCCACCGGGAAGAUUACCAAGCUCGGGAGGUCCUUUUCUAGGUCAAGGGACUUCGACGCUAUGGGGCCGCAGGUGAAGUUCGUGCAGUGCCCUGAUGGGGAGUUGCAGAAGAGAAAGGAGGUCGUGCAUUGCGUCACCCUUCAUGAGAUUGAUGUUAUCAAUAGCAGAACACAGGGAUUUCUGGCACUCUUCACUGGUGAUACAGGUGAAAUUCGUGCAGAAGUCAGAGAGCAAAUUGACACUAAAGUGGCAGAGUGGAGAGAAGAAGGAAAAGCAGAGAUUGUCCCUGGUGUUCUUUUCAUUGACGAGGUGCACAUGCUUGACAUAGAAUGUUUUUCAUUCCUGAAUCGGGCUCUAGAGAAUGAAAUGGCUCCCAUAUUAGUUGUUGCUACCAACAGAGGCAUCACAACUAUUCGAGGCACUAAUUACAAAUCCCCUCAUGGGAUUCCCAUUGAUCUGCUGGAUCGACUACUCAUCAUCUCUACUCAACCUUACACAGAGGAUGAAAUUCACAAGAUUCUGGAAAUCAGAUGCCAAGAGGAAGAAGUAGAAAUGACUGAAAGUGCAAAGCAUUUGUUAACCAAAAUAGGUGUAGAAACAUCCUUGAGAUAUGCUAUUCAUCUAAUCACAGCAGCUGCAUUGGCAUGCCAAAAGCGAAAGGGAAAGGCAGUGGACUUGGAAGAUAUAAAUCGGGUUUACAAUCUGUUUUUGGAUGUGAAAAGAUCAACUCAGUACCUAAUGGAGUAUCAAAGUCAGUACAUGUUCAGUGAUACAGGAGAAGCUGAUGAAGAUGAAACCAAUGCCAUGGUCUCUUAGUUAUACAAACAUCAGCUAGAGAGUUUGUAAGUACCUGGUUAGUCUUUCUACAAGUUGCAGCAAUUUGUUCUAUGAAAUCUGCUCAUGAGUUUGCAACUUAUAUAUUUUGAACACUAGAAGCUGUACCGAAUUUCUGUUACUAAUGAGCAUUCCAUCCUUAUAUUUUUGCUGUA